GUUUCAUUGUACGUUAUGCAGAAUUCCUUAAUUAAUUUAAAGCAGGAAAGCUGCUAUCUAUACUGCACCAGCCGGAGAAAUGAAGUGUUGGCUUUCUUAAGUAUAGUCAAUUUAAAUAGAUUGGAAUGUUUUAAAACAGCUGGUCUAACACCCCUUCACGUAGCAGCCUUCAUUGGCAGCGCAGAGUUGGUUGGUGUGCUUUUGGAACGCGGUGCUUCCGUGGAACAGACAACUAUGCGAGGUGAGACACCACUGCACUUGGGUGCAAGAUCCUGCAGACCUGAGGUUGCUGAACUCCUGCUAACUCAUGGUGCCUCUGUUGAUGCCAAAGCUAAGGUGAGAUUCAAUGAAAAUAUCAGCACUUCAGUCCUGAUACAGAAUUAA